AUGAACGGCACGGAGGGACCUUUCUUCUAUAUCCCUAUGGUAAAUACCACAGGCAUUGUUCGGAGUCCUUAUGAAUACCCUCAGUACUAUCUUGUCAACCCAGCAGCCUAUGCUGCCCUGGGCGCCUACAUGUUCUUCCUUAUUCUUCUCGGCUUCCCCAUCAACUUCCUCACUCUGUACGUCACCCUCGAACACAAGAAGCUACGAACACCUCUGAACUACAUCCUGCUGAACCUUGCAGUGGCUAACCUCUUUAUGGUCUUCGGAGGAUUCACCACAACAAUGUACACCUCAAUGCAUGGCUACUUUGUCCUCGGACGCCUUGGCUGCAAUCUGGAGGGAUUCUUUGCUACCCUCGGUGGUGAAAUCGCACUUUGGUCUCUGGUUAUUCUUGCUAUUGAAAGAUGGUUGGUUGUCUGCAAACCCAUCAGCAACUUCCGCUUUGGGGAGAAUCACGCAAUUAUGGGUUUGGCAGUCACCUGGAUCAUGGCUAGUGCUUGUGCUGUGCCUCCUCUGGUUGGCUGGUCCCGUUACAUCCCUGAAGGCAUGCAGUGCUCAUGUGGAGUAGACUACUACACACGUGCAGAGGGUUUCAACAAUGAGUCCUUCGUGGUCUACAUGUUCACCUGCCACUUCCUCACCCCCAUCACCAUUGUGUUCUUCUGCUAUGGCCGCCUGCUCUGUGCUGUAAAGGAGGCUGCCGCAGCCCAGCAGGAAUCUGAGACCACCCAGAGGGCAGAGAGGGAGGUCACCCGCAUGGUCGUUAUCAUGGUCAUCGCCUUCCUGGUAUGUUGGCUGCCCUACGCGAGUGUGGCCUGGUGGAUCUUCACAAAUCAAGGUACUCAAUUUGGACCGGUCUUCAUGACCAUCCCAGCCUUCUUUGCCAAGAGCUCCGCCAUUUACAACCCAAUGAUCUACAUCUGCAUGAACAAGCAAUUCCGCCACUGCAUGAUCACCACCUUGUGCUGCGGGAAGAACCCAUUCGAGGAGGAGGAAGGAGCAUCUACAUCCAAGACCGAGGCCUCCUCUGUCUCCUCAAGCUCUGUGUCUCCUGCAUAA